AUGUCGUCCGUAGAUGAUGCUGUUGCCUCCGUUCCUCCGGCCGAGGUCGAUGCGGAGGAUGUGCCCCCGGCUACCCCCGUGGAAUCAAGUGCUAUAUCUGGCAGCGAGGAGCCAGCCACAAGCCCUGAUACUUCCAAGGAUAAGGAAAAUGUGAGGGCGUCUCCGGUGAAGAAGACGACAACAACCACAACGAAGCGCCCCGUAUCGUCCGGAACAUCUGCCACGAAACGGCCUAGCUCAAUCUCUGGCCUCAAGACGACUUCAUCCAGCACUCGCACUCCAGGGUCAACUGGAAGCACGCUUGGGAAACCCCCGACGCGACCAGCUACUUCUGGCACUGUUCGCAAGCCGCUCAGCACGUCUACUACUUCCUCCCACCGUUCUCGGCCGUCACUCAGUUCUGCCGAUGAGAAAUCGCGCUCCGUAGCCAGCUCAGGUGAUGAGAAGCGGGGGAUCACCGGGUCUGCUAAGCGUAUGUCGCUUGCGGGCAGCACUGCGGGCACUAGAGCCCCUGUAAAAUCAACGACAACUACCCUGGACCGCCGCGCUAGCGUAGCAUCAACCACCGGGACGCGUACAUCCACUACUUCCUCGACAAGACCAGUGACAAAGCCGACGACCACAACAACCCGGCCUACCACUUCUACAACAGCUACGCGAACGGCAACAAGACCCACAACUACCGCCGCGAAGCGAUUGAGUACAGCACCCAAAACUUCUGAGGAGGAUGCCAUCAAGUUGCAAUCUCUACAGGACAAGCUCAGCGAGAGCGAAGCUACCAUUGAGAGUCUGAAAACAGAGCUGGAGACCGCCAAGGAGAAAUUGACACUGCCACCUCAGACCGAAGGAACUGAGGCAGAGCCUAACGACUCUACAAAGGCUCUUCAGGAGCAGCACGCUACCGAGAUCAGUCAACUGGUGGCUAGCCAUGAAGAGCAGCUCCAGGCUUUACGCGCCCAGCUUGAGGAGGCGGAAGCGAAGAGGAAGGAAAUCGAAGAGAAGUCGCUGAAGGCUCUGGAGGACGCAUCCCAGGCUGCAGCCUCUCAAGGCGAUGAGAAGCUGUCGGCGGCUCUCGAUGAGCUGAAGCGGUCUCAUCAGGCCCAGCUCGAAGCUCUCGAAAGUGAGCUAGCAGCACAGAAAUCUGCAGCUGCUAGUUACGCCGAGCAGAUCGAUUCCCUCAAGAUUGAGUUGCAGUCCAAGUCAGAUAGUCUGGAAGCGGCCGCCAAAGGAUUUGAGGCCGAAAAGGCGUCCGCCCUCGAGGAGCUGCGCGGCGAGCUUCAGGCUGAAAUUGAAAGUCUGAAGCAAUCCAAGGACGAGGCGGUCCGCGCUGCCGAGGAAUCUACUAGACAGUCCAUUGCGGCUUUGGAAGAUAAAAUUACCUCGCUCCAGUCUCAACUGACAGCGGCUGAGUCCGCCACUACUCAGGGCCAGGAAGAGACUGCCGCUCAGCUUGCAGCAAAGGAGAAUGAAGUUUCUGAACUAAGGCAGGCUGUUGACGCCGCCCGAGCAGAGCUUGAACAAGCAGGCGAAAGGGCUGCCAAAGAUCUUGAAGCAAAACUGAAGGCCCUCGAAGCUGGUCAUGAGGAUGCGAUUGCCAAGCUCAAAGCCCAGCACGAUGAGGCUUUGGCCUCCGCUGCCAGCUCCCAUGCGUCUGAACUUGCCAACGCAAAGGCAGCUACGGAAUCAUCUAGUUCCGCUCAUGCGCAAGAACUCGAGGAGCUUCGAGCAUCUCUCGACAAGGUCAAGGAGGAUGCGGUGAGCGAGCUGCAGGCGACCCACCAGGCGGAGUUGCAAUCUCUCCAGCAGAGACUUGACGAUGCCGAACAAUCCCUUCAGACAACGCGACAGGCUCUGGAAGAGGGCGCCAACGCCGCCCAGACCCAGGCUCUCCAAGAGAUCGAAUCGCUCAAGGAUAAAGUCAACACAUUGGAGUCUCAGCUAUCCACCGGACAAGAAGAGAUCAAGGCCCUCCAGGCUGAGAUCCAGGCCAAGCAGGAGCAAGCUGACACACUUCAACAGAACCUCGUUACAUUCGAGACCAAGCUAAAGGCGAAGGACGCGGAGCAGGAAGGAGAGAUCAAGGCUGCUGAGGAGCGAGCUGCAGCAGCAGAGAGAGCCCUAAAGGAGCACGUUCAGAAGGCCGCUGCUCUUGCUGAGGAACAUGCCAAUACUCUAGAGGCGCUGAGGGUUGAUCAUGCUGCGGAGCUCGAGAGAGUCAAGGCUGACGCCUCCGGGUCGUUGCAGCAAGCGCUUGAGGAGCUUCAGUCCAAAUACAAUGAUUUGCUGUCGAAGAACAGUGACAUGGAGGCGUCCCACGCCGGCAAGAUCGAAGCACUUGAAAGCGAACUGAAGCUGACCAUGGAGCGCGUCGCUGCUCAAAGUGCCGCUCAUGCGAAGGAACUUGCCGACCUUCAACAACAGCACGAAGAAGCGAAAAUUAAGCUGCAAUCAGAAUUGGAAGCCAUUCAGCUCUCUAAGGCUGCCGAGGCGGACUCCGAGCACAGCAAAGCCAUCGAGGAGCUCCUCACCGUCCAGGAGUCUAAAUUGUCUAGCCUUCGUGCGGAUCUGGAAUCUUCGCAUGAAGCAAAGUUGGAUGAACUCCGGAAGUCCCACGACGCUGCUCUUGCAGAGCUCACCGCUCAACUCACUGCUGCCCAGACUGCCGCCCAGGAUACCUCCGUACUUGACAACUUGAAGGAGACAAUUGCCGAUCUAGAGAAAAAGCUCACUGCGGCGGAACAGUCCGCUGCCGAUUCCAAGACGCAACAUGCCAAUGAGUUCUCUCUUAUUGAGAAGGAAAAGAGUGAAUUGGAGCAGAAGCAGCAGGCAGCGACCGCUCGUAUCGAAGAGCUUGAAAAACUCUUGGCUGCUUCCGAGGCAGCCAAGUCGGACUUGGAGACGGCGUCGAAGCAGGCGAUUGCAACCCAGGACGAGCUGACGCAGCUCCGGGCCAAGUAUGAUGCAAUUGCCAAAGAACUAGACGAGUCGAAGUCGCACAACGCCGCGACUGAGGAAAAGCUCGCUCAAGGCGAGAAGGACUUGAAUGCGCAGAUUGACAAAAACAUGACCCUUCUCAAUCAGUUGGGUGAGGUUGAGUCGUCUAUCUCCGGCAGCCGGAAGCACAUCCGAGAGCUUGAAGCGGAGCUGGCAGCGCUGAAGGCUGAAAAAGACGCGUUGAAGCCAACCAACGUCGGGUUGGAAGGCAGCCGAUGGGCAACUGAUGACGACACGCCGGCCACCGAGAAUAACCAGGCAGCCACAGUGGAAGGUGAGGAUAUGGGUUCAUCGAUCGAGGGAACGAUGGCCAGCAUCCAGGAACAGCUUAAACACAUUCGGGCUGCCAAUGACGACUGGUAUGACGAACACCGCCGUCUCGUUGGCGAACUAGCACAAGUGUCACGGCGGGCGACGCCCAAUCCUAAUCAGUCUGGGACACCGCAGUCCGAAACCGUGAUCGAGGUUGCCUCACAGUGAGAGUAUCCGUAUGGAAUAGCCAGGUUCGGCCGAGCUCGUUGAAUUUUCCCUUAUUCUUUCUCUUUGUAUCUGCCUUGUAUAGGAAUAGGAUGUAUGUAAUAAAGUGCUCAGGAUACCCGAUUGAAGUACCGUCGCCGUGG